CUUCACUCGGCUAGCGGCGAGUUGUGUGGAUCCAAUGAGAUCACGCCGCGUUCCGGGCCCAAUGUGUUAGAACAAGCCGGUGACUGCAAGAGCAAAAUCAAGCAAGCGAGGUGGUGUGCUCACAGAGCAUUCCUGGUUAACGCAGUCUCCCUGUCCUCUGUAAGACGUUAGAUAUUAAGGAUCAGCACAGAAAAGUUUUAGUUCAUAAUUAGGGCAGGGUAAGCGUUUGUAAAUAUUGCUGUUCAGGUGUCAAGAGGGAUUUACCAGUCAACAAGAGCCAAUAUAAAACUUGAUCUGACCGAAGAACUGAAAAGUUAAAUGAGCUGUGUCUGAUUAAGACAACAUCCAAAAGGUACUGUUGGGGGGCCUCCAGGAACAGGUCACAAUGAGGGAAAGGUUGUCUUUAUGGGCUGUUUUUUGCCUAAUAGUAGCAUUCCUGCCUUCUCAAACCGAAUCGGUUGCUGUGAUGUCUGUGGACUUGGGCAGUGAAUGGAUGAAAAUCGCUAUAGUGAAGCCUGGUGUGCCAAUGGAGAUUGCAUUAAACAAGGAGUCCCGGCGGAAAACUCCAGUCGCAGUGUGCUUAAAGGAAAACGAGAGGCUUUUUGGAGACAGCGCUUUAGGAGUGGCUGUGAAGAACCCCAAAGUGGUUUUCAGAUUCCUCCAGAGCAUUUUGGGAAAGACUGCAGACAAUCCACAGGUGGCUCAGUAUCAGAAACACUUCCCUGAACACCAGCUGCAGAGAGAUGAGAAAAGAGGAACAGUGUUUUUCAAAUUCUCAGAAGAGUUGCAGUAUACUCCAGAGGAACUUUUGGGCAUGAUAUUGAACUACUCUCGUACUCUGGCUCAAGACUUUGCAGAGCAACCCAUAAAAGAUGCUGUGAUCACAGUACCAGCCUAUUUUAAUCAGGCAGAACGCAGGGCAGUCUUGCAGGCUGCCCAUAUAGCAGGUCUAAAGGUCCUUCAGCUUAUCAAUGAUAAUACUGCUGUGGCUUUGAACUAUGGAGUAUUUAGGAGGAAGGACAUCAACUCUACUGAGCAGAACAUCAUGUUUUAUGAUAUGGGAUCUGGCAGCACAACAGCCACGAUUGUCACGUAUCAGACAGUGAAGAACAAGGAGUCUGGCACUCAGCCGCAGCUUCAGAUUUGUGGAGUUGGGUUUGAUAGAACACUUGGUGGCUUUGAGAUGGAGCUGAGGCUCAGAGAUCAUCUUGCCAAGCUCUUUAACGAACAGAAGAAAUCAAAGAAAGACGUGAGGGAGAAUCUGCGUGCCAUGGCCAAACUCCUUAAAGAGGCUCAGAGACUCAAGACUGUGCUGAGUGCCAAUGCUGAACAUAUGGCACAGAUUGAGGGGCUGAUGGAUGACAUAGACUUCAAGGCAAAAGUGACUCGCUCUGAGUUUGAGGCCCUCUGCGAGGAUCUGUUUGACCGAGUACCAGGACCUGUGAAAGAAGCUUUAGCUGCUGCUGAAAUGAGCAUGGAUGAGAUUGAACAGGUUAUUUUGGUUGGAGGAUCCACCAGGGUGCCCAAAGUGCAGGAUGUGCUUCUUAAAGCUGUGGGAAAAGAAGAACUGAGCAAGAACAUCAAUGCAGAUGAAGCUGCAGCAAUGGGUGCCGUCUAUCAGGCCGCUGCGCUCAGCAAAGCCUUUAAAGUCAAACCUUUCUUGGUCAGGGAUGCAGCUGUGUUUCCCAUACAGGUUGAGUUCAGUCGUGAGACCGAGGAAGAGGAUGGCGUGAAGACCGUGAAACACAACAAGCGCAUCCUGUUUCAGAGAAUGGCCCCGUAUCCCCAGAGAAAAGUCAUCACCUUUAAUCGUUACAUGGAUGACUUUGUCUUCUACAUCAAUUAUGGAGACCUCAGCUUCCUCGGUGAACAGGACCUGAAAGUGUUUGGAUCUCAGAAUCUGACGACGGUGAAGCUGGCUGGAGUGGGCAGCAGCUUCAAGAAACAUUCAGAUGCUGAAUCCAAGGGCAUCAAGGCUCAUUUCAAUAUGGAUGAAAGCGGGGUGCUAAUUCUGGACCGGGUGGAAUCAGUAUUUGAGACCAUUGUGGAGGAGCAGGAAGAGGAGUCCACGCUUACCAAGCUUGGAAACACCAUUUCCAGCUUGUUUGGGGGUGGCAGCUCCGAGCCAACUGCAAAUGGGACUGAACCGGUUACUGAUGAAGAAGAAGUGACUCCAGAGGCUGGGAAAGAUCAGGAACAGUCGGAGAAACAGGAAGAGUCUGCCCAGGAGAAACCCGAGAUGGAGGAGGGAAAAGAGGAAGAGCCUCAGGCGGAGGAGCAGAAAGACAACAAAGAAGAUAAAGCGGAAACUCAGGGAGAGACCGACCCUGAGAAAACUGAAAAGCCUGAAGAGAAAUCAGACGGUGAAAAAGCAGAGGAGAAACCAGAGGACAAGAAACCCAAACCACAGAAAAAGAGCAAAAUAUCAGAAGAUAUCGCAGUGGAGCUUGAAGUGAACGAUGUUCUCAAUCCCAGCACAGAGGACAUGGAGGUGUCCAAAAAGAAGCUGCAGGAUCUCACUAACCGCGAUCUGGAGAAGCAGGAGAGAGAAAAGACCCUGAACAGCCUGGAGGCUUUUAUCUUUGAGACGCAGGAUAAGCUGUAUCAGGAUGAGUAUGUGGCUGUCGUGACUGCGGAGGAGAAGGAGCAGAUCUCCGGCAAGCUAAGCGAGGCUUCUAACUGGAUGGAUGAGGAGGGGUACACCGCUGGCACUAAAGAGCUGAAGGAAAAGCUGUCUGAACUGAAAAAGCUUUGUAAAGCCAUGUUCUUUAGAGUGGAGGAGAGGAAGAAAUGGCCCGACAGACUGGCAGCUCUCAACAGCAUGCUCAACCACUCCUCCAUCUUCCUCAAGAGUGCUAGACUGAUUCCUGAGAGUGACCAGAUCUUCACUGAGGUUGAACUGAAGACUCUAGAGAGGGUCAUCAAUGAGACUAUGACUUGGAAGAAUGAGACCGUUGCUGAACAGGACAAAUUGUCCCCAACAGAGAAACCUGUUCUGCUCUCUAAGGACAUUGAAGCUAAGCUUUCCCUCUUGGAAAGGGAGGUCAAUUAUCUGCUGAACAAAGCAAAGUUUGCCAAACCUAAGCCUAAAGAUAAGGUUAAAGACAAGAACAACACUUCCACAGAGAACAGCAAGGCUAACAAAACAGAAGAUGCAGAGAAGAUUAUUCCUCCCAAGAGCGAUGAGGCUGAAGAGGUGAAGCCGGCAGAGGAGCCUCCAACUGCUGAAAAAAAAGAAGAACCCAUACUUGAACUAAAUCCUGCAGAAAAUACAGAUUCAGAAUCAACAGAGAGCAGUAAAUCGGAAAACCAUAAAGGAGAUGAAUUAUAACAUCUGGAAUUCUCAAAUGUUUAUUUGCUAUAUUUAUUGACUCCGUUAAGUAAAUUGGAACAGCUUGACAAUGAUGGUGUUUAUUUCAGUAGUUCUAGUUCAGUGACCCUGAGCCGACAGAAAAUCCCAACUCAAAGCUGUGUGUGCCCCAUCCACAGUUGUUUAAUUUCUCUUCUUAAUCCAUGAAUUAAUGAUCUUCUCCUUCUCAGAAACAUGAUCCCUGUUUGUUUGUCACAAAAAUCAAAAAUGGCAUGCUUGACCAAAGUAAAAGCGCUGUCUUUUGUGUUAAUGCAGUUUAUCUUGAAAUGGUCUUAUGUCAUUUUCCUCUGACUCGAGACACCUUUGUUCUGCAUCCAGAAAUGUAUAUUGUGGAAAUGUAAAGUUCAUGCUGAAUUGUUACUUAGUUUGUCACAUCUUUUCAGAAUCUUCAGUUUAUUUUUGUUGGUUUAGCUUUUUCCAUUCCCAAAGCCACCGUUUGUACCUGUAAGCAUCUUGCAUACGCCAAACAUCUCAUGUAUUUAUGGACUUCAGUGUGAAUAGUAUGCUGCACUUAUAUCAAAGAAAUUUCACUCGACUGAAAAGUGGAUUAUAUACGCAUUUAUUUUUGUUUGCUUUCACAUCUUCACUGGUUUUGUCUUAAGCGUUUUCAUGUGCAAGUCUAUGUGGAGAGAAAAAUGUGGGAAAGGGAGAAGAUUGUUUCUAAACUGUUAAUAAAGUCUCUUUUUAAAAAAAAAA